GCGUAGCGUCUAAUUAAAAUUAAUUUCGAUAAUUGAUUGAUUUGGCCGCAGCCAAGUCCGAGAAAUUGCCAAAUUGGCGGACAAAAUAGGCGCCUUUUUGCCGCCCUCGUCUCCCUUUGAGUGACGCACGUCGGUGUUCACCGUGCCUUGUUAUUGUUGUUGUAGCAUUUGCUUUUGCUACGUUCGACGUUCCGACGAAAAAAAGUGUGUUUGUAUUUGUAUACGUAUACAUAUCAGUGUGUGUUUCGCGUGUGUGUGUGCGCGCGCUUGCCAGUGUGUGUGUGUGAAAAGGUAUCGUAAAAAUGUACAACAAAUGAAAAGUCGAAAACAUUGAACAAGCCCCAUAGAUUUUCGUUGCUGCCUCCAUCGGUCCAGGCCAGAAGACUAUGUGCCUGUGCCGUGCUUGUUCCUGUGUCAGUGCCAGUGCCCUUGCCCGUGCCCCGUGCCAAAGGCAAAGCCAAAGCCAGUUCCCGUUCCCGUGCAACUGUUGCAUGCUGAAUCGCGCCGCGCAGCAUUGAGCCAAGCCGAACCGAGAACCAAGGCCAAUACCCAUCCAAGGCACCACGCACCGAUACCACCGGAGCCCCCACUAGGAGGACUUUGCUAAAUCCUGAUCUUACCUCUGGAACUGUGCUGCGCACCUGAAGCACUGAAGCAAAACUUACAAAAUUUACUAAAUUAAGACCCAACGAACUAGGCUAAGUGCUUGCACACUCUAACACGCAACUGGGAAGCCGUGAGCUCGCGGUGACCCCGCCAGUGUGUCGUCCGUAUGUGGCGUUGGCGGUACUCCAGCAAAAGAACUCAGCACCGCCGAAUCCCAAUUCCCAAGUGGAUGUGGUUUGACAGCAGUGAACAAACAAACAGCAAGCGACGCUCGUGACCUCAUCGUCAGUAACGGCAACGAUCAACAGCGGCAGCUUAAAGCGUGCCCCCCCCUACCUACUCACUCACACUCCCACAAAUACUGAUCCUCCUGCUGUUGUGAGACCCUCAAAAAAAGGGCAACGAGAGCGGCUCGUCGGCGGGACUAUACAGGAGCACAGCAACGGCUGUAUGCUUGGUGGUGACCACAACAACGACGGCAACUAUCCAACUGGGACGUUCUAGCCAUGGAUGUGGAAAGGCGGCGUCGAGCGAACACGCUCGAGCGCGAGAUGCGCGAUCCGACCAGCAUUUGCAAUGUGGACUGCCUGCUGGAUACGGUAUCAGCCCUGGUCAGCGACUGCGACCACGACACCCUCAAGCGGCUGAAAAACAUCGAACAGUAUGCUGCCAAAUAUAAACCCCUGGCGCAGAGGAUCAAUCAGCUGCGCAUGAAUGUCGAGGACUUCGACUUCAUUAAGCUAAUUGGCGCCGGGGCCUUUGGAGAGGUGCAACUGGUGCGGCACAAGUCCUCCAGCCAGGUGUACGCCAUGAAGCGGCUGUCCAAAUUUGAGAUGAUGAAGCGCCCGGACUCGGCCUUCUUCUGGGAGGAGCGUCACAUUAUGGCCCAUGCCAACUCCGAGUGGAUUGUCCAACUGCAUUUUGCAUUUCAGGACUCCAAAUACCUGUACAUGGUGAUGGACUUUAUGCCCGGCGGUGACAUUGUCUCGCUGAUGGGGGACUACGAUAUACCCGAAAAGUGGGCCAUUUUCUACACAAUGGAGGUGGUGCUGGCCCUGGACACCAUUCACAACAUGGGCUUUGUGCACCGUGACGUGAAGCCGGACAACAUGCUGCUCGACAAUUACGGGCAUCUGAAGCUCGCCGAUUUCGGCACCUGCAUGCGCAUGGGCGCCAACGGCCAGGUGGUGUCCAGCAAUGCGGUCGGCACGCCGGACUACAUCAGUCCGGAGGUGCUGCAGUCGCAGGGUGUCGACAAUGAGUAUGGCCGCGAGUGCGACUGGUGGUCGGUGGGGAUCUUCCUCUACGAGAUGCUCUUCGGGGAGACGCCCUUCUACGCGGACUCACUGGUGGGCACCUACGGCAAGAUCAUGGACCACAAGAACUCGCUCAGCUUCCCCCAGGAGGUGGAGAUCAGCGAACAGGCCAAGGCCCUGAUCCGGGCAUUCCUCACAGAUCGGACGCAGCGUCUGGGCCGCUACGGCAUCGAUGAUAUCAAGGCGCAUCCGUUCUUCAGAAACGACACCUGGUCCUUUGACAAUAUCAGGGAGAGUGUGCCGCCGGUUGUGCCGGAGCUAACCUCGGACGACGAUACGCGCAACUUUGAGGACAUCGAGAGGGACGAAAAGCCCGAGGAGGUGUUCCCCGUACCGAAGGGCUUCGAUGGGAAUCACCUGCCCUUCAUCGGCUUCACCUACACGGGCGACUACCAGCUCCUGUCCAGCGACACCGUCGACGCCGAGGCCAAGGAGCCGAAUUCGGUGAACAGCAACGCCAGCAACAACCAUGCCCACGGCCAUGGGCACAACCAUCGCCAUCGUACCUCCAACUCCAACGAGCUGAAGCGGCUCGAGGCACUGCUCGAGAGGGAGCGCGGCCGAGCCGAUGCUCUGGAGAAGCAGGACACCAGCCUGCGGCACAAGAUCGAGCUGAGCGGCAAGCGUGAGGUCGAACUGCAGCGCAUUGCGGCCGAGUACGAGAAGGAUCUGGCGCAGCGAAAGAACAACUACAAGGUGGCCAUGCAGAAGGUGGAGCAGGAGAUCGAGCUGCGCAAGAAGACGGAGGCUCUGCUGGUGGAGACGCAGCGCAAUCUGGAGAACGAGCAGAAGACGCGCACACGCGAUCUCAACAUCAGCGAGAAGGUCGUCUCGCUGGAGAAGCAGCUGCAGGAGAUGGAGCACAGCUACAAGAGCGAGACGGAGAACACGCAGAAGCUGAAGAAGCAGAACGCGGAGCUCGGCUUCACACUGAAGACGCAGGAGGAGAAGGUGCGCGACAUGGUCGACAUGAUCGACACACUGCAGAAGCACAAGGAGGAGCUCGGCCAGGAGAAUGCCGAUCUGCAGGCGCAGGUGGUGCAGGAGAAGAACAUGCGCUCCCAGCUGAAGGAGCUGCAUAAGGAGACGGAGAACAAGAUGCAGACCCUCACCAAUGACAUUGAGCGCACCUUGGUCCGCGAGCAGAAGGCCAAAGAGGAUAACCGCGCGCUGCUGGAGAGGAUCAGUGAACUGGAGAAGAGCCAUGCAAGUCUCGACUUUGAGCUGAAGGCGGCCCAGGGUCGCUACCAGCAGGAGGUCAAGGCCCACCAAGAGACUGAAAAGUCGCGACUGGUCUCUCGCGAGGAGGCCAAUCUGCAGGAGGUCAAGGCCCUGCAGUCCAAGCUGAACGAGGAGAAGUCCGCCCGGAUCAAGGCGGACCAGAACUGGCAGGAGAAGGAGCGCCAGCUGAACAUGCUCUCCGUGGACUACCGCCAGAUCCAGCUGCGGCUGCAGAAGCUGGAGGGCGAGUGCCGCCAGGAGUCGGAGAAGGUGGCCGCACUCCAGUCGCAGCUGGACCAGGAGCACAGCAAACGCAACGCCCUGCUCUCGGAGCUCAGUCUGCUCAGCUCGGAUGUGGCGCAUCUGCGCUCCCGCGAGAAUCAGCUGCAGAAGGAGCUCUCCACGCAGCGCGAGGCCAAGCGGCGCUUCGAGGAGGACCUGUCGCAGCUGAAGGGCACCCACCACGAGGCCCUGGCCAACAAUCGGGAGCUGCAGGAGCAGCUGGAUGCGGAGCUGUGCUUCUCCCGGCUGUACAAGACGCAGGCCAACGAGAAUCGGGAGGAGAGCGCCGAGCGUUUGGCCAAGAUCGAGGAUCUGGAGGAGGAACGUGUCUCGCUCAAGCACCAAGUGCAAGUGGCCGUCGCUCGGGCCGACUCGGAGGCCCUGGCCCGCUCGAUAGCCGAGGAAACGGUGGCCGAUCUCGAGAAGGAGAAGACCAUCAAGGAGCUGGAACUGAAGGACUUCAUCAUGAAGCACCGCAACGAGAUAAAUGCAAAGGAGGCGACGCUCGCCACCCUCAAGGAGGCGGAGACAGAGCUGCACAAGAAGCUCGGCCAGAAGGCCAACGAGUACGAGGAUCUCGUCCAGCAGCACAAGAAGCAGCAGGACGAGCUGGGCCAGCUGCGCGCCACCAAGGACGAGGAGAUCACCAAGCUGCUGGAGAAAUGCAAGACCGAGGUGUUGCUCAAGCAGGUGGCCGUCAACAAGCUGGCCGAGGUGAUGAACCGACGCGACUCGGACUUGCAGAAGCAAAAGAGCAAGGCCCGGUCCACGGCCGAGCUGCGCAAGAAGGAGAAGGAGAUGCGCCGCCUGCAGCAGGAGCUGUCCCAGGAGCGUGACAAAUUCAAUCAGCUGCUGCUGAAGCACCAGGACCUGCAGCAGCUGUGCGCCGAGGAGCAGCAGCACAAGCAGAAGAUGGUCAUGGAGAUUGACUGCAAGGCCACCGAGAUUGAGCAUCUCCAGAGCAAGCUGAACGAGACGGCCUCGCUCUCAUCCGCCGACAACGAUCCCGAGGACAGUCAGCACUCCUCUCUGCUCUCCCUCACACAGGACUCGGUCUUCGAGGGCUGGCUGAGUGUCCCAAACAAGCAGAACCGUCGGCGCGGCCACGGCUGGAAGCGCCAGUAUGUGAUUGUCUCCUCGCGCAAGAUCAUCUUCUACAACUCGGACAUCGACAAGCACAACACGACGGACGCUGUGCUCAUACUGGAUCUGAGCAAGGUAUACCACGUGCGCAGCGUCACCCAGGGCGAUGUCAUACGCGCCGAUGCCAAAGAGAUUCCGCGCAUCUUUCAGCUGCUGUAUGCCGGCGAGGGCGCCUCUCAUCGUCCGGACGAGCAGAGCCAGCUGGAUGUGAGCGUGCUGCAUGGCAACAGCAACGAGGAGCGUCCCGGCACCAUCAUCCACAAGGGUCAUGAAUUUGUGCACAUCACCUACCACAUGCCCACAGCGUGCGAGGUGUGCCCGAAGCCAUUGUGGCACAUGUUCAAGCCGCCGGCGGCUUACGAAUGCAAGAGAUGCCGCAACAAGAUACACAAGGAGCAUGUGGACAAGCAUGAUCCGCUGGCGCCCUGCAAGCUCAAUCAUGAUCCUCGCUGUGCCCGCGAUAUGCUGCUGCUGGCCUCCACGCCCGAGGAGCAAUCGCUGUGGGUGGCCCGUCUGCUGAAGCGUAUCCAAAAGAGUGGAUACAAGGCGAAUUCGUCAAACAACAACAGCACCGAUGGCAGCAAGAUAUCGCCCAGCCAAUCGACCCGCUCCUCCUACAAGCCGUUUGUUGCGAACGUGCAACGCUCCGCCACGCUACCAGCCAACUCAUCGCUGAAAUGAGUCCAGCAAAGACCAGGACACAGCCCAGCUGGAGGCAAGAGAGUCUCCAGCGAAAUAACACAGCAAGCAGCCAGCAGUCAGCAGCAAUCAGAAAGUCGCAGCCUGAAACUAGAACUACACAACGAUACUUGAAAUUAACGCUUAAACACUAUCCAAACACUUGCUAAACAACAGAAACCACACAUGUUGGAACAGAACUAUGCAGAUAUAUACCAUAUAUUCCCCGAGUACUUUACAAUCGAAACUAAAUUCAACUUGAAACUAAACUAAACUCUUUGUGUAAAGGCAAUUGCUGCUCGUCUAACGCUUCUUUAACCCACAAAACAACAAACAAAACUAAAAGAAAAGUGCAGAUAAAAGAUGGCAGCAACGUCAGAGCGGGCAGCGGAUCAACCAUGAACCAUAGAUAUGUCACUUAGAUUGUACUAUAUAUUCUUUAUAAAUAUAAAUACUAUAUUGUAUGCUGCUAUGCUAUUCCACUGAACCGCAACCGCAACUGUGGCAACACACUCAGCACAAUGGCCAGCCCAGCCCACAAUCAGGAGAGAGCUGUACUUAGUUAAGCGAGGAUCUGAUCUGAUCUGAUCAGAUCGGAUCGAAAAGAGGUAGACCUGUCGCAGCUGCUCCUCUUGCGCCAUUAUACUGGUGCAGAGGGGUGGGGUUCAGCUUCAUUUCAAUAGAUUUUAUAACUUGAUGCCUUGUAACAAUUCUAUAUAUAUAUUUUUUUUUGUUUUUUAUAAUUUAUUUAGCUGUUGUUGUUGUUGUUGUUGUUGCUGUUGUGCAGCGAAUCUGAUUGUCCAAACAUUGUUCGUAAUUGUAAAAAAAGAGAAAGAUGCAAAGAAUUGUGAACGGAACACAUACGAUAGACAAUAGACAAUAGACAAUAUACAAUAUACAAUAUACAAUAUAGAUAUAGAUUAUAUACCUAGAGCAUAUCCUAUCCUGUAAGUCAGAGCCCGCUUACAACAACAGAGCAGAGCAGAGCAACCAAUCAGCCAAUCAAGCAUUCAUCAAUCAAUCAAACAAUCAAUCAAGCUAAGUUCUAGCCCUUUUUACAAAGCUUUAACUUAUAUUCCAUUUAAAGAACAAUCUUUUAAAACGUAUAUAUACUAGCAUAGACACUAUACUAUAUACUAUAUACUAUAUACUAUAUGUAGAUCAGAUAUGGAGGCGGAACCCUGAAGGAUGAACAAUCAGUUACUUAAAGCAAAUGCAACUUCCCAUAUAUAUAUAUAUAUAUAUACAUAUAUAGAGCUUGACAUGAAUCAAUCGAAACGAAACUAAGCUGAAAUGCAAAAACGAAUCGAAUCGAAUCAAAACGAAGCGAAAAAUUCGCCACAGACUUGUGUGUGUGUGUUUGUGUUUGUGUUUGUGUAAAAGGCUACAUCUAAGUAUUAAAUAUCCAAUAUAUUCUAGUUCUUAAGCUAAACAAAUUAUUUAUUUGUAUUUCUGUUCGAUGGCGCUGCAGCCUUCACUCUCAGCACUCUCCCCUCUCUCUCUCUCUCUCUGUCUCUCUCUGUGCCACCCUGUCACUCGCUCACUCGCUCACUCACUCACUCAUUUUAUAUGGACUCUCCAAAUUUGAAAUUCCUUUAGAGCUCGACACGUUCCAUAUUGUCGCCUUAGUUUGUUGCGUGUGUGUGUGUUUUUUUUUGUGUGUGUGUUUGUACAGAGUGAGAGGCGGCAGCGAAUUGCAUUUAAGAGUAAUGGAUGGGAUAGUGCCCCACGAAAGUUCUGCAGAGGGUUGUGAGGGCUGUGGGCCCAUUCGACGAGACCCGACUGCUGAAAGCUGAAUGCCGACUGCUCUAUGCUCUCCAGUUGUAUUUUGCUUAGUCGAAAAUGAAGUCGAGCCAUUGCUUUCUUUUUAAAAAUUGUAUUUUAUUUGUACUAUUAUUGUCAUGAUCCAUUCGUAUUACGUUUAUUUACGUUUAUGUUUAUGUUUAAAUAUAUACUCUAGCUUAAGGCGCGUCUGCAGUGGCAUUUCCCCCGCAGAAUCGGCUCAGAAAUUGAACUGCAAACGCCAUCCCCCCACCACCCACCACACAGCCCCAGCCCAACCCGAAACCCCAACCCAACCCCAGACAAAAUAAAGUAAUAAUGUGUAUAAAAUCAA